CAGUUGUUGGCGGACUUCUGCUUACCGGCGACACUGCGCGUACAUGAACGGGCACCGCUGUGUGUGUUGUCGUUUACGUCCGCGUUUACUCUUGAGCGUGUUCACGAGAUGUUUCGCAAUGAACCCCUUUUAUUCUUCGAGGCAGAUGCCGAGCGUGAUGUCAUUCUUUCUGCCCUUCGGAAUGAUCUUGGUCUGGAAGAGGUGGCCAACAGUGUUGAGGGUGGUGCCGCUCAUCAGAUGUUAUUGUUACGGGCAGCGAAGCGUGACACGAUCCGCUACAGGCUUCUUGACGGGAUAGAGACAGUGGAAGGUGCAAAUGAAGUACUGCAGAGGGUGCUGUCGGGAGAUUUGCAGCUCGGGAAAAAAGUGCUGCAGUGA